UUCAGGUUAUCAUGAAACUGAAGCGGAAACUCGAAUUUGGAGACUUGUCGGUUGGAGGUUCAGUCAGCAUAAUAAAACCACCUGAAGACAUCGUAGUUCCAAUGUGUGCUCAUGGACCAAUGGUUCUGUUUCGUCGCUCAUUCGGCGUGAAGGCCGAAGAUCAAAAGAAAACGGAAGAAGCUAAAAACGAUACACUGAAAGCUCAUGCCGAGGUUCAGAAAGAAAGAGUGAACAGAAACGAAAUUAUAAUCGAAAGUAAGACGAAGAAAACUGACGAAGAGACACUGACUGCGAAAAAGAAACCGAAGAAUGAAAACAUGUAUCAAACAGAAAAUGAACAUACAAAGGAGUUCUUUUCCUGUUCGGCCUAUCGAGAUCGCAAGUCAUGUCCGUGUUUUUACUCCCUAGACGAUAAGAAACUGAAGAAUUCGGAAAUUAUGAAAGUAAAAGCAGAAAUAGCCAAGUCGCAAAACCAGAUCUAUGAUCAUAAAGCUAUGUACAAGAAUUUCAAAGAGCUGGCUCUUAUCGAUGCAGCUAAUCGGAAGUUUUGCGCAGAUUGUAAUUUGUUCAUAAAAAGAGUAGGAACCUCCUGUGGUACAAAGGAUGUGUUAGACUUUGAUCAUGAGAAGUGCUCGGAAGGCGGAAAACUGGUAGUCGGAAUCCCUGAAAAUAUGAUUGCAAAUCCGUUGAAAUUGUUUACAACUUUGAGCAACAAAACAGCAGAGGCGCAGUUUUACUUCAGCACCAAGUGUCUCAAUUUCGUUUCGAGUAUCGCUGAAAAAUACAGGAGUGUAUUAGGAAUUGGAGCACCGUCCGUAACAUUUAAACUGAUAGAAACUGUAUCGCAAUUGAACUAUUCUGGAAAACUGAAAAAUGUAUUUUGUUUGAACAUCGACUGGAAAUUGUGUCAGAUAUUUCCCCCGAAAAAUUUCGCUCAAUUCAAUUUAUGCAAUCAGCAUUUUUUCACAGAACUUGGAGAGAAAGCGUUUGAGAAAUUCGUAAAGUCGGCCUCUUUCAUUGAUGAAAGUUCUGAAAACGUUGAAAAGACAUUAGUUAUAUGUGAUCCGCCAUACGGGGUGAAGUUAGAAUUGUUUAGCCGAUUGGUUAACUUUCUGAAUUCGAAAUUAGCUUGCGAUAUUAUCAUUGGCAUGCCUUAUUUCAUGCAAUCGGGUUUCGAGAAAACGGAGGCUUUGAAGUCGUUUGCUAUGAGCGACUAUCGCGUUGAAUAUGAAGGACAUCGAAUUUAUUCGGGAGGGAAAAAACGAGGCUCACCUGCUCGUUUUUUUACCAAUAUUCUUCUGAAAAAACUGGUCCUUCCGUCCGAUGAAAGUUACAGGUUGUGUGCAAAAUGCGUUAAGUACGUGCACAAGGAUAAUAAGCAUUGCAAGAUCUGUAAAGAUUGCACCACAAAAGAUGGUCCAACUUAUGUGCACUGCAAGAAAUGCAAAACGUGCGUGAAGCCUACAUUCUGGCACUGUGAAAAAUGCGCAAAUUGUCACUUGGAGGAUUCGAAAUGCAGAAUCAUCGACGAGAACAAAAGCAAACGGAAAAAAGAGCACAAAAUUAAAAAGCCGAAGGCCAAAAAGGCCAAGCUAUUAAAAAGUCAAUGACUGACUUGUUGAUUGUCUGUAUCGGUCAAUUAAAAUUUCAGCCAACCA